UACGAAAUUCUUUUGACAUCUGCAUCUGUACCAUCUUCGCUUUUCUCUCAGAAUUCAGCUGGAAAAAAAACAGCUAUUACUGUCGUGAUCACAGGGUUACCGUGACCGAGUUGUAGAGAUUGAGGAGGGCUGCCGACGGAUAGAAGAAAUUGCAGCUUUUCUCGGAGAGCUGAAAAAGAGAGGAAGAAAAUAGAAAGGGCAUGUUCAUUCUGCUAAGCACACACGGAUGGAAUUGGCGCGGGCGGCGGGAAGGCAGUUGCGCAGCUGGAGGCUGCUGCAACAGUGGCAAUAACUCCCGCUGCCCACCGGCUCACCUGUCCUUCAUCCGCCCCGAUCCGAACCCAUUCAAUUCCAAAUUCACAACCCUGCCAGUGGUUGGCCCGCCGCUGCCAAAUCGAAUCGGACUCCGAUCCGUGCAGCCCACCGGCGAGACGGCGAGACGCCGAAGCUAGCACACUUCAUGCCAUCUGUCUGACGUGAUGCGUGUGGCCUCUCUGCUUUUACUGGAUCCCUAGCCAGCUCAGGAGAAACUCAGAAUAGUACUAUAGCCAAGUCCAUCCAGUCCUUUCGCGGCGUCUUCCUUGCUCACCGCGGCUCCGGCGAUGUCGGCCGCCGGCUCGGCGGCUCUACCUCUCCGUCUACAACUGGGUCGUCUUCUCCGUCUACAACAGCCGCCAUCAUGGAGAUUCUUCAUGGGCUUGUAGGGUUGGUGAGGUCUCCAGUCUCUGCAACUCUUCCACAAAUUGGAUCCAGAUUAUUCCUCACGUGAGGUGUCUUGUGGAGUUUUCCCGAGACCCAGUCACAUCUUCUUGCUACUGCCCUGAUCAUAAGCUGGUCUGUCACUGAGAUCAUCAGGUACUCUUUCUUUGCAAUGAAGGAGGCAUUUGGAUCUGCACCUUCCUGGUUAUCAUGGCUUUGGUAAAUUUGGAUUUUUCCUCCGAAUCUGGAGAGUAAUCCUACCACCUUUGCCAAGGAAAUUUCCCUUGAACGUGUUUUUGCGUACUGAUCGUCUGCACGUACAGCAGCUUUAUGCUGUUCUAUCCUACUUGUAUCUCUAGUGAAGUUGGUCUGAUCUACAUGGCUUUGCCUUACAUGAAGGUACACCGAUCCUACUAGAAAACCGAAGAGGUAUAGUAUGCAUGCUGUUCACAUCUCAUAACUACCAUUUUUAACCGUUUUUUCUUGUGGGACCACAAUUUCAAGCAUCGGUCUUAGGCCCUGUUUGGGAGGGCUUCACUUCAAUUAUUACAGCUUUGAUUUUGCAGCUUCACAAUGAAAGCCUCAACAGAUUAGUCAGCGGUGUUCAAGAGUGUUUGGUUUGCACAUACACUCUACCUUUUAUAAUACAGUAAAUUUGUGUGAUUUUUCCUUAAAUAUCCUUGAUGAUUAGCGGGUGAAGAAAGAGAUCUAAAUCGAUAAGUCAUGUAAUCAAUGUCAUGGUAGGUAAUUUUUGUGCAACUUCAUGAGAAAGUAUGAAAACGGUGUUUUUAAAGCACCCUUCGAGAAGCUUUAAAAAUUUUAUGAAAUUGGUCUCUGGUUUCAGUUUUUUUUUUAAACUAUAGCCGGUGGAGGUAAAAUAGACUUGAAAUUCUUGAAGUGAAGCUCUCCGAGCCAUAAGAUGCGCAACACAUGGAACUUGUCAUACGACUACUUGUACCCAUCUGUUCUUGCCCUCCUGGUUUAUGUUCCAGGUAAGCCUUUCCCUUCUCUCGGCUGCUGCUGUACCGCUUUACUUAGAUCUAGCAAACAAUGUAUGAUUAUCCUGUGUCCAGGAACAUUUUUUAUUAUGGCAGUUCAUCAUGUAUGAUUCUUAUAUUGAACUUGUUUUCUCUUGAAAAGAUGAGAUGUGUCUCAUUUUAUUUUCUCUUUUUUUUUGUGGAAAACGAACAUCAUCUGAGGAGUUGGAUUGCAAAAGACCCCUUCGCUAAUCGGAACAAAAAAAAAUCCCGUUCGCCGGCUCCUCCCGUCGUGCCCUCGGAUAUAUGGCCAUCGAUUCUGAGUUCUGGCCACAUCAAUCCCCGGGAUUUAGAGGCUGUUUGUUCGUGGCUAAAUAUGUCACACUUUGAUUAAGGCCGUCAAAGCCACCACCUUAAAGCCAUGGGCAGCAGCAUCUCAGGGUCUUCGUCUUCCUCCCUGCAGCGCUUCAAUGGCGGCGGGUGACGACGGGUCGGCGGUUCGGCGGCUCUACCUCUCCGUGUACAACUGGGUUAGCUUCUUCGGAUGGUUGCAGGUGCUGUACCACGUGACCUUGGCGCUGUUGGGUAGCGGCCAUCAGGCCGUCUACGCUGCUGUCAAACUGCCACUCCUGUUCUCACAAACUGCUGCCCUAGCAGAGAUUCUUCAUUCUAUUACAGGGCUCGUGAGAUCUCCAAUCAGCGCAACUCUUCCACAAGUUGGUGCGAGGAUAUUUGUUACCUGGUGCAUCGUCUGGAGUUUUCCUGAGACACAGUCCCAUGUCCUCGUUACUUCCUUGGUCCUAAGCUGGUCUAUCACUGAGGUCAUCAGAUACCCUUUCUUUGGCUUGAGGGAGGCAUUUGGGAUCACACCUUCCUGGCUCCUAUGGCUCAGGUACAGCACGUUCACUGUACUCUACCCUGUUGGGCUGAUCAGUGAGCUCGGCUUAAUCUUCACUGCCAUGCCUCACAUGAAGGGAAGGUCCUUCUACAUCUGCGCUGCACUGACCACUAUCUACAUUCCAGGAUCAGGAUCUGACAUGACAUGGCGCGCUCUGCUGCAUGCUGCUUCUUUUUGGCUCUCAGCGUUCCCGCACAUGUACGGUCACAUGCUCGCCCAGAGGAAGAAGAACCUGUCCAAGGCGAAAGCCGCAUGACGCUCCAGACGAGCCUAGGCCUCACUGUCCCAGACGGAGAGUAACCACUGUCUCUAACCACGGGAUGUCAGAGUGCACUACUCUUAUCAGGUGGCAAUAACACCGGGGUUGUACCAAGGAAUAUACUGGAUAGCUCUUCCAUGGGCAAAUCAAUAAUAAAUAAAAUCACCAUUUAUAUAAGUGGAUACUCUUUUUUUUAAAAAAAAAUACACAUA